UAUAUCUUCCACAGACUGGAAAAAGAAAUAGAGAAACUAGAAAGUGAAGAAUCCCAGAUAUCUGCCAAAGAACAAAUCAUCUUGGAGAAACUAAAAGAGACUGAAAAAUCAUUUGAGGACUUACAAAAGAGGUUCUUGCAGCAGGAUGGUGAUGCAGUAAAUUACAUUUACUCCCAGAUCCCCGAACUCCCAACCCUCUAUUCAAGGACAGCAGAGCCAGUUCCUGGGUGGGACGGACCAAGCAGAGUAGCUGCUUUGUACACCAUGGAAAUUAAUGUGGAGAAAGACAAACAGACAGGAGAGACCAAGAUUCUCUCUACAACACCUGUUGGUCCAGAGGGGGCUCAUCAAAAAGGACUGAAAGUCUAUGAUGAUGGUACCAAGGUAGUCUAUGAGGUUCACUCUGGAGGCACAGUGGUAGAAAAUGGAAUACAUAAAUUAAGCCCAAAGGAUGUUGAUGAACUUAUGCAGAAAGCUGGACAAUCAAGUGUAAGAGGAGGGUAUGAAACAGUGACUGUACCAGACAGAAAUGUGAUAGCAGAUGGAAAUCUUAGCCAUAUGAAGGAGCAAAUGCUCUUCAAGGAGGCAAAGUUGGAAAUGGUACAUAAAUCCAGUAAAGGGCAUUCUGUGGAUCCUCAACACCAAGCAAAACUCUCUGGUGAUGCAGUCCCAGAGGCCAGUGCUGAUCAACCAGUGACAAUGAUUUUUAUGGGAUACCAAAACAUUGACGAUGAAGAGGAGACAAAGAAAGUGCUAGGCUAUGAUGAAACUAUCAAAGCAGAACUUGUCCUUAUUGACGAAGAUGACGAGAAGUCAUUGCGUGAGAAGACUGUGACGGAUGUGUCCACCAUGGAUGGAAAUGCAGCUGAGCUGGUCUCUGGAAGACCUUUGUCAGACACAACUGAGCCCUCCUCUCCUGAGGGGAAAGAAGAAAGUCUGCCCAUGGAACCAGCUCCAGGUACACAAAAGAAAAAGCGCUGUCAAUGCUGUAUUGUCAUGUGACCACUUCUUCCUUCC